CCGUCCUUUAAGAACCUCUCCGAAGAGGCUCUCAUAAAGAUUUCCGACGUCUUGGAAGAGUGCAAAUAUGUACAGGGAGAAUACAUCAUCCGCCAGGGUGCUGUCGGUGAUACGUUUUUCAUCAUUAGUCAGGGAACGGUGCAAGUGACGAUGCGUCAGCCGGACGGGAAAGAAAAGAUAAUCCGAACGUUGAAGCAAGGAGAGUUUUUUGGUGAAAAAGCACUUCAAGGGGAAGAUGUGCGAACUGCAAAUAUUAUUGCCGACAAAGAAGGCUCGACAUGUCUCGUCCUCGACCGUGACACUUUCAACCAACUUGUCUCGUCGUUGCCGGAUAUCCGGCGACAGUAUGUUGAGGAAUCGUCCAAGCAGCGCCGAAUCGCUGAUCAGGAAUUCACCAGCCUAAAGCUGUCGGAUUUGCGCAUUCUCACCACACUGGGUGUCGGCGGAUUCGGCCGUGUGGAGUUGGUGCAGCUCGCCGCGGAUUCCAGCAAAUCCUUCGCUUUGAAGCAGAUGAAAAAGGCUCAGGCUACAAUUCAGCUGUUUGGCGGCUCUAGCGUGGUUGUGACUUUGUGCCAAGUUUGUAGCAAUUCGGCACGGAUUCCGGAUCCGGCGACCCGCGGAACCCCGCCGUUUACUGGCUCUGACACAAUGCGGACGUAUAAUAUCAUCCUGAAGGGUAUCGACGCUGUCGAGUUCCCGCCGAGGAACAUCACUCGACAGGCCACAGCACUCAUCAAGAAACUUUGUCGUGACAACCCCGGUGAGCGGCUGGGAUAUCAGCGUGGGGGAAUCAAAGAUAUUCAGAAACACAAGUGGUUCGAUGGGUUCAACUGGGAAGGACUUCGGGCCUUGAGCUUGAAACCCCCAAUGUUGCCCACUAUCCGGUCCGUUACCGAUUCAUCCAACUUCGACCCGUACCCGCCUGACACGGACGGCCCGCCACCCGACGACCUUUCGGGUUGGGACGUGGACUUUUGA